UUUCAGAGAUGGAAAAAUGUAAAUUACUAACGGUUUAAUUGAAAGGCUUUCCUGAUGGUCGAAUUUCAGAGAUAAAAGGCAUUGGAACAUCGUGACACUGCCUGCAAGACAGCGUUUGCUGGAAGAGCAGAAACUGGACGGGGAAUUUUGGAUGGACUUCAACGAUUUUUGCAGGGAAUUCGAAGUGGCGACUAUUUGCACCAUGGGCAACGAUUUCGGCGGAAUGCCGGACAAUGAAAACGCGGUUUUCGGCACCAGCAAUCACAAAGCCGUUAAACUGAUCUACGGGAACUGGAAGUACGGCUUGAAUGCGGGCGGAACAAUGGCAAACUUUGAGAAAUUUGCAACAAAUCCGCAGUACAUGCUUUUGUGUCAUCGACCGAAAAACUCUUCAGACGCCCACAAGGUUUACCAGGAGUGCACAGUUGUGGUUUCCUUGAUGCAAGAAACCAAAGAUGCUGGGAUCGUUGACGUUUUGGACAUUGGAUUCGCCAUGUUUAAGGUA